AUGACCGCCCCGCCCACAUGUGAUUGCUUAGCUGUUGGAGCAUUCUCAUCAUUAGACAAGAACAAAGAAUUAGAAGGCCUGGAGCAGAAACCAAGUUCAAACCACAUCAUGAAUUUAUCAAGCUGUAAGCCUGGCAAAACACCUGCUCCUGAGUCUAUAUGCAAAUCCACAGCAGCUAGUGAAGGAACCCCAAGUCCUCAGCCUCAAAUGUCUACUCCUAACAUGAGUGACAUGAUCAAUGAGUGUAGCAGAUUUGUUGAUCUUUUGUCAACAAAUGAUGCACCAGAACACUUCAAAUAUCAACAAUGA